GGAGACAUGCGUCAGCCAGCUCUCUGCUCUCUCUGGAGCGUGUUGAGAAGAGUGUGGCGAGGGGCGGUGGUGAGAGAGAGAGAGAGAGAGAGAGACGCAGGGGUGGGGUGAGGUGAGCGCCAGGCCGGAUACUCACCUACAGACAGACAGACAGACGUGCCAGGCACACAGGCUGGCUGACAGGCUCCUCCAGAGACCUGCUGUAUAGGGCCACAGAGUAAACUGCUACCAGAGAAGCAGAGCUGGACUGAGCUGGGGACUCUGCGGGCUCCAUAGUGGGGCUUCACCUGCGGGCCGGACCAUGACACAGAACGGCUCGCCGGUGGCAGCGGCCAACGGAACCUCCAGGGUCAAGAGAGACGAGCUGAAGAUCGUGAUUGUGGGAGACGGAGGCUGUGGGAAGACCUCACUGCUCAUGGUCUACGCCAAAGGAGAUUUCCCAGAGAAAUAUGCCCCGUCUGUGUUUGAGAAGUACGUUACCACGGUGUCCCUUGGUGGGAAGGAGAUUCAGCUCAACCUGUACGACACGGCAGGGCAAGAGGACUACGAUCGCCUGAGGCCUCUAUCCUAUCAAAAUGCAGACAUGGUGCUGGUGUGCUAUGAUGUGAUGAACCCCACCAGUUACGACAACGUCAUGAUCAAGUGGUACCCCGAGGUCCAUCAUUUCUGCCGAGAUGUCCCUCUCAUUCUGAUUGGAUGCAAGACAGAUCUCAGGAAAGACAAGGAGUACACCAGGAAGCUCAAGGCCUCCGGUCUGGCCCCCAUCACGUACAUGCAGGUAACCGCUUACAUCACGCAAGGAAGCAGUCCCAGCACGGUGGCAGUAUUAUUGUGUUAUCAUUGUCGUUUCACGCUACCACUGGGGAGAAAUGCCAUUUCAGUGCUCCAUAUAUAGUAUAAGUAUAUAUACUCUUUUGAUCCCG